AUGAAUUCUUUCAACUUGCAUGGACCCAACGAUUCAGUUAUCGAGAGAGCUCAGGAUGAGUAUUGUCACGGCUACACAUCGAUGAUCAACCAGGUGCCUUUAAUCUCGAAGGCCGUCAUUGUCUGCAUUCACUACUUCAACACUCGUGGUGAACUUCGAUCUCAUAAUGCCAGCGGCAUAGCUACCUUUUUGCAACAAGUUUACGGCUGCCCUGCUGAGAACAUCAUCAUACUAUCCGAUAUGUACUCUCGACCGACGAGUCAGCCCACCAAGCGUGCUAUUCUACAAUCGAUGAAUUGGCUCUUUUCAGGAUCCUUACCGGGAGAUCGCCUGUUUUUUUACUCCAGCGGGCAUGGCCAACCAGAUAAACCGAUAUUUCCGGUCGAUUUCAAAGAAGCAGGGUUCAUAACAGAAGCAGACAUUGAGGCUAUCAUGGCUCAGAAACUGCAGCAGGGGGUAAUAACUACUGUCAUGACAGACUACUUUGCUAGUGCGCAGUCAGCCGCAAGCUGGUUCGACUACAGGUAUCUCGGAUGUUACGGGGAAUAA